AUGCAUUACCAAACAGAAUCAUGGGGAACCUAUAACAUGAACCCAACAACAAUGAUGGGUGACCCAUUAGAGCGAAUAGAAAGACUAGCCUCAGAAAAUGCUGUUGUGAUAUUCAGCAUAAGCACAUGCUGCAUGUGCCAUGCAAUCAAGAGAUUGUUCUGUGGAAUGGGUGUGAAUCCAGCUGUUCAUGAACUCGAUGAAGAUCCAAGAGGCAAAGAACUUGAAAGGGCACUCAUGAGACUACUUGGUACCUCAAAUGUUGUUCCUGUUGUCUUCAUCGGUGGUAAACUUAUUGGUACUAUGGAUAGAGUCAUGGGUUGUCAUAUUAAUGGCUCUCUUGUUCCUCUUCUCAAACAAGCUGGUGCUCUUUGGCUUUGA